AUGGUCCAAGCUCUGCAGUUCCUGACCAUUCCUGCAAAAACGACAUGUACAGCGACUGUGAUUCUGAUGCACGGAUUGGGCGACUCGGGAAAUGGCAUGAUGCCUAUAGCCCAAUACGUCGGUUCCGACCCCGCAUUAAGCCACGUUAAGUGGAUUCUUCCUCAUGCCCCAACUCGUCCAGUUACAAUCAGCGGCGGAAGAGCCGUACCUGCAUGGUACGACAUCACUGCGUUCCAAGCCAAUGCAGCGGAGGACGAGCCGGGGAUAAAACAGUCCAUCGAAUACCUUUCUCAGCUGAUGCAAACAGAAAUGGACAGUGGCAUCGACUCGACGAGCAUCGUGUUCGGCGGACUGAGCCAAGGUGCCAGUCUGUCAUUGUUCAUGGGCUUGACGAUCAAGGAGAAGCUCGGGGGUAUCGUAAUGCUAAGCGGAAGGAUGCUCGUCGAAGAAUCUUUGAAGAAGAUGUUUUAUCUUUAUCCAUUUUAUUUUUGUUCAGACGCUGAUCGUGAGCAGAACAUAACUCCACACGCCACAUCUAUUCCUAUUUUUAUUGCUCACGGGUCGGAAGACCGCAUCAUAACGUUGGAUCGCUCCCAAUCGUCGGUUGCUGCUCUUAAGCAGUUGAGGUACACAGUGCACACGGAGACAAGCGAGAGCGAUGGAAUCACUCACAACAUCUAUCAGGGUCUCGGUCAUUCGGUCGCGGAUGCAAAAGUGCUUGAUGAUUUAAGUGAUUGGCUGAAGAAAACGAUCCCUGCAAAUUAG